AUGAAAGCUAUUAACAUCAAGUCAAAGUUCGCCGGGUUGAGUUCAUCCUCGCUCGAGAAUGCGUACCACUUUGCACAGUCGGCCGCCCCCAUGACCCCACCCACGCUUUCGACAGCCGCGCCAACAGCCGUGAUGGGAUCCACAACGAAAUACAUGUCGCCAUACCUGCACAACAGGAGGCUUGACGAUCCUCUCCCGAAGUGCUGGAAGGCGAACGAGCCCAGGCCACCAGAUGGACGAAUGGUAAAAGUGGACAAGAAUUGCGUUCACUUUUACGACGGAGACUCCUGCGACAUUUUCAUGACCGACAAAAGUCAUCAACGUUUGCUUACCCUCGCGGAGCCAAAACGCAAGAUCUUGGUACGCACCUUAGGCAACAAUGCCCCAGGAAUGGCAUGUGCGGUUCGUUUCUACAAGCAGGCAGAAAGUAGUACGAAAAUGCAUGCCGUUUUGACAAGGCAUAUAGGUGUGGAGUCGCUGCGGGCAGUACAUCAGAUGGUGUUCGAGAGUAAACAGGUAUAAAAUAUAUAGCACAUAUAUAACACAUAUACGUAGUUUUUAUCUCAAAAGGUCAAGUCAGUCGGGUCAGUCACAUUAAUAUUUAUACCUGUUUUCCAUGAAUCCGGGUCUAUCGAAUGCCACUACAGCUUGUUUCAUCCAAGAGGAAUCACCAGGGUGGCCUGCUGACAAUUCCUCUUGGACGAAGCAGGUACGUUAUAUAAAAAAAGUUAGAAAAGCAGUUCUUUUCCUCUAUAGAAUUGAGAUCGGGGGUCUAGUGCAUUUUGCAUGUAUGUGUGGCUUCUCCCUGUCGUAGAUUGACAUAUACGACAGAAAGAAGCUACACACAUACGCAGAAUAAGAGCCACGAUCAAAUUUAGAGAGGAAAGCAAUGAACUAGCAGCCUAUUCGUUCAAUAAGCUGAUAGCAAACUCGACAAACGUAUCAUUCCUUCAGCCAGUUUGCAUUAAAUUUUAGUAACUAUCCAUUUUCACUGUGUACUCCAAGUGUUCUAAAUAAAUUGUUUCUCUCUUUAUUUUUCUCUUUCCUUCUUCGCAGAUCUAUCUGGAAUGUGAUACGGCCGAUGACGGAAUGCCAUUCAUGCCUUAUGAUCGCUAUCAACGUGCCCUCGUGAACAUAUGGCUUGAGAACAACCAAGGUGUCUUGGAAAACCUCGCCGUAAAACUGGCGUCGGCCGGAUAUACGAUGUUGUUUUAUGUGAAGGGGAUAAGUCAACGAAUCGAGGCAGCCAUGCGGGAAGCGAUAAAGCACAAAGUGGGCACGAAGAAGUUUUCCUUCGCCCCUUUCGUCCGUGGGAUCUACGCAAGCGCUGGACUGAUUUGGGCUCUUGCCCAGUCGACUACAAAGCCUUCGCACAAAUUACCAACGCCCCACAACACCACCAACACCAUUUUUCGGCCAUACAGAUUCCCAUGA